UUAGCAGGCACUUAAGUAAACCUUUCUAAUCAUUUUUCAGGUUCCAGAGUUCAACCAGGAAUCCUGAACUAUGUCAACAUUACCCACCCAAGCAGCCCUCAAUAGCAGCACUUCAAUGGCCCCCACCUUCCUGUUAGUGGGCAUGCCAGGCCUGUCAAGUGCACCCUCCUGGUGGACAAUGCCCCUCAUUGCUGUCUACCUUCUCUCUGCGCUGGGCAAUGGUACUAUCCUCUGGAUCAUUGCACUGGAGCCUGCCCUGCACCGCCCAAUGCACUUCUUCCUCUUCUUACUUAGUGUGUCUGAUAUUGGCUUGGUCACUGCCCUGAUGCCCACACUGCUGGGCCUUGCCUUUGCUGGUGCUCACACUAUCCCUGCCCCAGCCUGCCUUCUACAGAUGUUUUUUGUCCAUGUCUUUUCUGUCAUGGAGUCCUCUGUCUUGCUUGCCAUGUCCAUUGAUCGGGCACUGGCCAUCUGCCGACCUCUCCACUACUCAGCACUCCUCACCAAUAGCGUAAUUAGCAAAAUCAGCCUGGCCAUUGUUUUUCGAUGCCUGGGUCUCCAUCUGCCCCUGCCAUUUCUGCUGGCCCACAUGCCCUACUGCCGCCCACAGGUCCUAACCCAUUCUUACUGCUUGCAUCCAGAUGUGGCCCGUUUGGCCUGCCCAGGAGCUUGGGGUGAAGUCUACAGCCUAUUUGUGGUUUUUUCAGCCAUGGGUUUGGACCCCCUGCUUAUUUUCUUCUCCUAUGGCCUGAUUGGUAAGGUGUUGCAAGGUUUGGAGUCCAGGGAGGAUCGCUGGAAGGCUGGUCAAACCUGUGUUGCCCACCUCUCUGCCGUGCUCCUCUUCUAUUUCCCUAUGAUCCUCCUGGCACUGAUUAAUCAUCUUGAGCUGCCAAUCACUCAGCAUACUCAUACUCUUCUCUCCUAUAUCCAUUUCCUGCUUCCUCCAUUGAUAAACCCUAUUCUCUAUAGUGUCAAGAUGAAGGAGAUUAGAGAGAGAAUACUCAACAGGUUGCAGCCCAGGAAGGUAGGUUGUGCUCAGUGAGGAGGAUGUCCCUUCAUGUUUGGUGCUACAGGCCUCCUGAUACUAAAGUUUCUGUGAGAACUCAGUUCACGAGGCAUGAAAUGAUCAUUCACGUACACAUAAGUGCAUAUAUGUGGAUGUAGUUUCCUGUCCCUGGAAGUAUGCCUGUGUAUAUUGAUGACA